AUAUGUUGAAGAACAAAGCAUUCUCACGUCAAACCAGACAAGGCAGAAUAAUUAAGGAAGUUAGGGAACAUUAUUUGCGAGAUGAUAUUUAUUGCGGAGCCCCUUAUUGCAAGAAUGGGUGUAAAGUUUCAUCUCCUUGUUUAAGCGACUCUCACUUCACUAUUCUUGUUCUUGACACCAACGUUGUUCUCAACCAGAUUGAUUUGCUGGAGAAUCAAGCUAUUGACAACGUGGUAGUGCUAUCCGUGGUGUUGUCGGAGGUCAAGAACAAGAACAUUGCGGUUUAUAACAGACUCAGGGCUCUGUGUAGCAAUUCUUUAAGGAAGUUCUUUGUCUUUUCUAACGAAAAUCACAAGGAUACUUAUGUGAAGGCAAUGGCUGGUGAAAGUCCAAAUGAUCGGAAUGAUAGAGCUAUUAGGGUUGCAGCUAAAUGGUAUCAGGAUCAUCUUGGCAGCGCAGUAAGUGUCUUGCUAAUUACGAAUGAUAGAGAGAAUAAGAAGAAGGCAAUUGAAGAGGGAAUUUCUGCAGAGACAGUUGAAUGCUAUGUAAAGUCACUUGGUCAGCCAGAAUUGCUUGACCUAAUAGUACAGCCUCCUUCUGAAGAUGUUAAUAUGGCUGAUGUUGAGGAUUUGAGGCCUUCAAAGCGAAAAGUCAUUUAUAAUGAGCAUAAGCCCAUGUCAGAAAUUACUUCUGGCUUGCUUCGGGGACUCCUUCACCAGGGGAAACUUCGCGUUAACCGUUUUAAUCCAUUUGAAGCAUAUGUUGGAAGUGAAAGCAUUGGUGAUGAGAUAAUUAUAUAUGGACGUGCAAACAUGAAUAGGGCUUUUGAUGGUGAUAUAGUGGCAGUUGAGCUUUUGCCUCCAGAACAGUGGCACGAGGAGAAGUCUUUGGCAUUAGCUGAUGAAGACGAUGAAGAAGAAGAUGUUCAUUUAGCUCCAAACACUGCUGAUGAUGCUCCUAGAGUCCUGAAUCAAGGGCAAACUGCACCUGAGGAAAUGAAACCUUCUCGUCCAACUGGAUGUGUUGUUGGUAUCAUAAAGCGGAACUGGCACUCUUACUGUGGAUCCUUGGAGCCAAUGCCUAUGCCAGCUGGUGAUGGUGGUCGUGCCCAUGCCUUAUUCGUAUCCAAAGACCGCAGGAUUCCGAAGAUACGGAUACAAACUCGUCAAUUGGGAAAUUUGCUGGAUAAACGGAUUAUCGUUGCGGUUGAUUCAUGGGAUCGUUUGUCUCGAUAUCCAACCGGUCACUAUGUGAGGACAAUUGGUGAAAUAGGUGAUAGGGACACCGAAACAGAGGUGGUACUAAUAGAGAAUGAUAUAGAUGCCAGGCCAUUUUCUGCCCAAGUGUUGGCGUGCUUGCCACCAUUACCUUGGUCUGUGUCUUCUCAAGAUUUGACAAAUCCUAUUAGACAGGAUUUGCGUCACCUGCGUGUAUGUAGUGUGGACCCUCCUGGAUGCAGAGAUAUUGAUGAUGCAUUGCAUUGUAUGGCUCUUUCAAAUGGAAAUUUUGAAGUGGGAGUUCAUAUUGCCGAUGUUACUAAUUUUGUUCAUCCUGGAACUCCACUCGAUGAUGAGGCUUCACAAAGGGGUACUUCUGUAUAUCUUGUAGAGCGUAGAAUCGACAUGCUUCCAAAACCUCUUACGGAAGAUAUUUGUUCACUUCGUUCUGAUGUUGAAAGACUAGCUUUCUCAGUUAUCUGGGAAAUGACACCUGAUGCCGAGAUUAUUUCUACAAGAUACACUAAAAGCGUGAUUAAAUCAUGUGCAGCAUUAUCCUAUGUCGAGGCGCAAGCAAGAAUGGAUGAUAGUCGCUUGGUGGAUCCAAUAACUUCAGAUUUACGAAAUUUGAAUGGGUUAGCCAAGAUAAUGAGGCAAAGACGCAUUGAUAGGGGUGCACUGACACUUGCUUCUGCUGAAGUCAAAUUUCAGAUUGAUACUGAAACUCAUGACCCUCUUGAUAUCGGAAUGUAUCAGAUUCGUGAAGCAAACCAAAUGGUUGAGGAGUUUAUGCUUGCUGCUAAUGUUGCAGUUGCUGAAAAAAUCCUUAAGCAUUUUCCUGUCUGCUCACUAUUAAGACGCCAUCCAAGCCCAACCAAAGAAAUGCUUGAGCCUCUUCUCCGCACAGCUGAAGCAGUUGGUCUUAGUUUGGAUGUGACAUCAUCCAAAGCAUUGGCUGACUCUCUAGAUCUUGCCAAGGGUGACGAUCCAUACUUCAACAAGCUGAUCCGGAUUCUGGCAACCAGAUGCAUGACACAGGCGGUUUACUUUUGUAGUGGAGACCUUAGUCCUCCAGAAUAUCUUCAUUAUGGUCUUGCCUCUCCUCUUUAUACUCAUUUCACCUCGCCCAUUAGAAGAUAUGCUGAUGUCAUCGUCCAUCGAUUGCUUGCUGCUUCUUUGGGAAUUUAUCAGCUUCCCGGUGUUUUCCAAGAUAGACCCAAGCUAACUAGUAUUUCUGACAAUCUAAAUUAUCGGCAUAGGAAUGCUCAGAUGGCCAGCAGAGCAUCAGUAGAGCUCCAUACUCUCAUUUUCUUCAGGAAGCGACCAACAGAUACUGAGGCGAGAAUAGUGAAAAUAAGAUCCAAUGGCUUCAUUGUCUUUGUGCCCAAGUACGGUAUUGAAGGGCCUGUAUACUUGACAUCUAAAGGUGACAAUGGAGGGGAAUGGGUAGUCGAUGAGAAACAACAGAAAAUUAGAAAGCUUGAUGGAAGUGUUUCGUAUGGUGUACUUGGAACAGUGAGAAUUCACAUGGAAGUCGUUGAGCCUCAGCCUAAUCGGCCUAAACUACAACUAACCCUUGUAUGAGACCGAUAACUUUACCAAGAAAGUCGAGGUCGAUAGCAAGUAGUUGUUAUUCCAGUGUGAU